UGUCACCGGGAGUGUCACCGGGAGUGUCACCGGGAGUGUCACCGGGAGUGUCACCGGGAGUGUCACCGGGAGUGUCACCGGGAGUGUCACCGGGAGUGUCACCGGGAGUGUCACCGGGAGUGUCACCGGGAGUGUCACCGGGAGUGUCACCGGGAGUGUCACCGGGAGUGUCACCGGGAGUGUCACCGGGAGUGUCACCGGGAGUGUCACCGGGAGUGUCACCGGGAGUGUCACCGGGAGUGUCACCGGGAGUGUCACCGGGAGUGUCACCGGGAGUGUCACCGGGAGUGUCACCGGGAGUGUCACCGGGAGUGUCACCGGGAGUGUCACCGGGAGUGUCACCGGGAGUGUCACCGGGAGUGUCACCGGGAGUGUCACCGGGAGUGUCACCGGGAGUGUCACCGGGAGUGUCACCGGGAGUGUCACCGGGAGUGUCACCGGGAGUGUCACCGGGAGUGUCACCGGGAGUGUCACCGGGAGUGUCACCGGGAGUGUCACCGGGAGUGUCACCGGGAGUGUCACCGGGAGUGUCACCGGGAGUGUCACCGGGAGUGUCACCGGGAGUGUCACCGGGAGUGUCACCGGGAGUGUCACCGGGAGUGUCACCGGGAGUGUCACCGGGAGUGUCACCGGGAGUGUCACCGGGAGUGUCACCGGGAGUGUCACCGGGAGUGUCACCGGGAGUGUCACCGGGAGUGUCACCGGGAGUGUCACCGGGAGUGUCACCGGGAGUGUCACCGGGAGUGUCACCGGGAGUGUCACCGGGAGUGUCACCGGGAGUGUCACCGGGAGUGUCACCGGGAGUGUCACCGGGAGUGUCACCGGGAGUGUCACCGGGAGUGUCACCGGGAGUGUCACCGGGAGUGUCACCGGGAGUGUCACCGGGAGUGUCACCGGGAGUGUCACCGGGAGUGUCACCGGGAGUGUCACCGGGAGUGUCACCGGGAGUGUCACCGGGAGUGUCACCGGGAGUGUCACCGGGAGUGUCACCGGGAGUGUCACCGGGAGUGUCACCGGGAGUGUCACCGGGAGUGUCACCGGGAGUGUCACCGGGAGUGUCACCGGGAGUGUCACCGGGAGUGUCACCGGGAGUGUCACCGGGAGUGUCACCGGGAGUGUCACCGGGAGUGUCACCGGGAGUGUCACCGGGAGUGUCACCGGGAGUGUCACCGGGAGUGUCACCGGGAGUGUCACCGGGAGUGUCACCGGGAGUGUCACCGGGAGUGUCACCGGGAGUGUCACCGGGAGUGUCACCGGGAGUGUCACCGGGAGUGUCACCGGGAGUGUCACCGGGAGUGUCACCGGGAGUGUCACCGGGAGUGUCACCGGGAGUGUCACCGGGAGUGUCACCGGGAGUGUCACCGGGAGUGUCACCGGGAGUGUCACCGGGAGUGUCACCGGGAGUGUCACCGGGAGUGUCACCGGGAGUGUCACCGGGAGUGUCACCGGGAGUGUCACCGGGAGUGUCACCGGGAGUGUCACCGGGAGUGUCACCGGGAGUGUCACCGGGAGUGUCACCGGGAGUGUCACCGGGAGUGUCACCGGGAGUGUCACCGGGAGUGUCACCGGGAGUGUCACCGGGAGUGUCACCGGGAGUGUCACCGGGAGUGUCACCGGGAGUGUCACCGGGAGUGUCACCGGGAGUGUCACCGGGAGUGUCACCGGGAGUGUCACCGGGAGUGUCACCGGGAGUGUCACCGGGAGUGUCACCGGGAGUGUCACCGGGAGUGUCACCGGGAGUGUCACCGGGAGUGUCACCGGGAGUGUCACCGGGAGUGUCACCGGGAGUGUCACCGGGAGUGUCACCGGGAGUGUCACCGGGAGUGUCACCGGGAGUGUCACCGGGAGUGUCACCGGGAGUGUCACCGGGAGUGUCACCGGGAGUGUCACCGGGAGUGUCACCGGGAGUGUCACCGGGAGUGUCACCGGGAGUGUCACCGGGAGUGUCACCGGGAGUGUCACCGGGAGUGUCACCGGGAGUGUCACCGGGAGUGUCACCGGGAGUGUCACCGGGAGUGUCACCGGGAGUGUCACCGGGAGUGUCACCGGGAGUGUCACCGGGAGUGUCACCGGGAGUGUCACCGGGAGUGUCACCGGGAGUGUCACCGGGAGUGUCACCGGGAGUGUCACCGGGAGUGUCACCGGGAGUGUCACCGGGAGUGUCACCGGGAGUGUCACCGGGAGUGUCACCGGGAGUGUCACCGGGAGUGUCACCGGGAGUGUCACCGGGAGUGUCACCGGGAGUGUCACCGGGAGUGUCACCGGGAGUGUCACCGGGAGUGUCACCGGGAGUGUCACCGGGAGUGUCACCGGGAGUGUCACCGGGAGUGUCACCGGGAGUGUCACCGGGAGUGUCACCGGGAGUGUCACCGGGAGUGUCACCGGGAGUGUCACCGGGAGUGUCACCGGGAGUGUCACCGGGAGUGUCACCGGGAGUGUCACCGGGAGUGUCACCGGGAGUGUCACCGGGAGUGUCACCGGGAGUGUCACCGGGAGUGUCACCGGGAGUGUCACCGGGAGUGUCACCGGGAGUGUCACCGGGAGUGUCACCGGGAGUGUCACCGGGAGUGUCACCGGGAGUGUCACCGGGAGUGUCACCGGGAGUGUCACCGGGAGUGUCACCGGGAGUGUCACCGGGAGUGUCACCGGGAGUGUCACCGGGAGUGUCACCGGGAGUGUCACCGGGAGUGUCACCGGGAGUGUCACCGGGAGUGUCACCGGGAGUGUCACCGGGAGUGUCACCGGGAGUGUCACCGGGAGUGUCACCGGGAGUGUCACCGGGAGUGUCACCGGGAGUGUCACCGGGAGUGUCACCGGGAGUGUCACCGGGAGUGUCACCGGGAGUGUCACCGGGAGUGUCACCGGGAGUGUCACCGGGAGUGUCACCGGGAGUGUCACCGGGAGUGUCACCGGGAGUGUCACCGGGAGUGUCACCGGGAGUGUCACCGGGAGUGUCACCGGGAGUGUCACCGGGAGUGUCACCGGGAGUGUCACCGGGAGUGUCACCGGGAGUGUCACCGGGAGUGUCACCGGGAGUGUCACCGGGAGUGUCACCGGGAGUGUCACCGGGAGUGUCACCGGGAGUGUCACCGGGAGUGUCACCGGGAGUGUCACCGGGAGUGUCACCGGGAGUGUCACCGGGAGUGUCACCGGGAGUGUCACCGGGAGUGUCACCGGGAGUGUCACCGGGAGUGUCACCGGGAGUGUCACCGGGAGUGUCACCGGGAGUGUCACCGGGAGUGUCACCGGGAGUGUCACCGGGAGUGUCACCGGGAGUGUCACCGGGAGUGUCACCGGGAGUGUCACCGGGAGUGUCACCGGGAGUGUCACCGGGAGUGUCACCGGGAGUGUCACCGGGAGUGUCACCGGGAGUGUCACCGGGAGUGUCACCGGGAGUGUCACCGGGAGUGUCACCGGGAGUGUCACCGGGAGUGUCACCGGGAGUGUCACCGGGAGUGUCACCGGGAGUGUCACCGGGAGUGUCACCGGGAGUGUCACCGGGAGUGUCACCGGGAGUGUCACCGGGAGUGUCACCGGGAGUGUCACCGGGAGUGUCACCGGGAGUGUCACCGGGAGUGUCACCGGGAGUGUCACCGGGAGUGUCACCGGGAGUGUCACCGGGAGUGUCACCGGGAGUGUCACCGGGAGUGUCACCGGGAGUGUCACCGGGAGUGUCACCGGGAGUGUCACCGGGAGUGUCACCGGGAGUGUCACCGGGAGUGUCACCGGGAGUGUCACCGGGAGUGUCACCGGGAGUGUCACCGGGAGUGUCACCGGGAGUGUCACCGGGAGUGUCACCGGGAGUGUCACCGGGAGUGUCACCGGGAGUGUCACCGGGAGUGUCACCGGGAGUGUCACCGGGAGUGUCACCGGGAGUGUCACCGGGAGUGUCACCGGGAGUGUCACCGGGAGUGUCACCGGGAGUGUCACCGGGAGUGUCACCGGGAGUGUCACCGGGAGUGUCACCGGGAGUGUCACCGGGAGUGUCACCGGGAGUGUCACCGGGAGUGUCACCGGGAGUGUCACCGGGAGUGUCACCGGGAGUGUCACCGGGAGUGUCACCGGGAGUGUCACCGGGAGUGUCACCGGGAGUGUCACCGGGAGUGUCACCGGGAGUGUCACCGGGAGUGUCACCGGGAGUGUCACCGGGAGUGUCACCGGGAGUGUCACCGGGAGUGUCACCGGGAGUGUCACCGGGAGUGUCACCGGGAGUGUCACCGGGAGUGUCACCGGGAGUGUCACCGGGAGUGUCACCGGGAGUGUCACCGGGAGUGUCACCGGGAGUGUCACCGGGAGUGUCACCGGGAGUGUCACCGGGAGUGUCACCGGGAGUGUCACCGGGAGUGUCACCGGGAGUGUCACCGGGAGUGUCACCGGGAGUGUCACCGGGAGUGUCACCGGGAGUGUCACCGGGAGUGUCACCGGGAGUGUCACCGGGAGUGUCACCGGGAGUGUCACCGGGAGUGUCACCGGGAGUGUCACCGGGAGUGUCACCGGGAGUGUCACCGGGAGUGUCACCGGGAGUGUCACCGGGAGUGUCACCGGGAGUGUCACCGGGAGUGUCACCGGGAGUGUCACCGGGAGUGUCACCGGGAGUGUCACCGGGAGUGUCACCGGGAGUGUCACCGGGAGUGUCACCGGGAGUGUCACCGGGAGUGUCACCGGGAGUGUCACCGGGAGUGUCACCGGGAGUGUCACCGGGAGUGUCACCGGGAGUGUCACCGGGAGUGUCACCGGGAGUGUCACCGGGAGUGUCACCGGGAGUGUCACCGGGAGUGUCACCGGGAGUGUCACCGGGAGUGUCACCGGGAGUGUCACCGGGAGUGUCACCGGGAGUGUCACCGGGAGUGUCACCGGGAGUGUCACCGGGAGUGUCACCGGGAGUGUCACCGGGAGUGUCACCGGGAGUGUCACCGGGAGUGUCACCGGGAGUGUCACCGGGAGUGUCACCGGGAGUGUCACCGGGAGUGUCACCGGGAGUGUCACCGGGAGUGUCACCGGGAGUGUCACCGGGAGUGUCACCGGGAGUGUCACCGGGAGUGUCACCGGGAGUGUCACCGGGAGUGUCACCGGGAGUGUCACCGGGAGUGUCACCGGGAGUGUCACCGGGAGUGUCACCGGGAGUGUCACCGGGAGUGUCACCGGGAGUGUCACCGGGAGUGUCACCGGGAGUGUCACCGGGAGUGUCACCGGGAGUGUCACCGGGAGUGUCACCGGGAGUGUCACCGGGAGUGUCACCGGGAGUGUCACCGGGAGUGUCACCGGGAGUGUCACCGGGAGUGUCACCGGGAGUGUCACCGGGAGUGUCACCGGGAGUGUCACCGGGAGUGUCACCGGGAGUGUCACCGGGAGUCGGAGUGUCACCGGGAGUGUCACCGGGAGUGUCACCGGGAGUGUCACCGGGAGUGUCACCGGGAGUGUCACCGGGAGUGUCACCGGGAGUGUCACCGGGAGUGUCACCGGGAGUGUCACCGGGAGUGUCACCGGGAGUGUCACCGGGAGUGUCACCGGGAGUGUCACCGGGAGUGUCACCGGGAGUGUCACCGGGAGUGUCACCGGGAGUGUCACCGGGAGUGUCACCGGGAGUGUCACCGGGAGUGUCACCGGGAGUGUCACCGGGAGUGUCACCGGGAGUGUCACCGGGAGUGUCACCGGGAGUGUCACCGGGAGUGUCACCGGGAGUGUCACCGGGAGUGUCACCGGGAGUGUCACCGGGAGUGUCACCGGGAGUGUCACCGGGAGUGUCACCGGGAGUGUCACCGGGAGUGUCACCGGGAGUGUCACCGGGAGUGUCACCGGGAGUGUCACCGGGAGUGUCACCGGGAGUGUCACCGGGAGUGUCACCGGGAGUGUCACCGGGAGUGUCACCGGGAGUGUCACCGGGAGUGUCACCGGGAGUGUCACCGGGAGUGUCACCGGGAGUGUCACCGGGAGUGUCACCGGGAGUGUCACCGGGAGUGUCACCGGGAGUGUCACCGGGAGUGUCACCGGGAGUGUCACCGGGAGUGUCACCGGGAGUGUCACCGGGAGUGUCACCGGGAGUGUCACCGGGAGUGUCACCGGGAGUGUCACCGGGAGUGUCACCGGGAGUGUCACCGGGAGUGUCACCGGGAGUGUCACCGGGAGUGUCACCGGGAGUGUCACCGGGAGUGUCACCGGGAGUGUCACCGGGAGUGUCACCGGGAGUGUCACCGGGAGUGUCACCGGGAGUGUCACCGGGAGUGUCACCGGGAGUGUCACCGGGAGUGUCACCGGGAGUGUCACCGGGAGUGUCACCGGGAGUGUCACCGGGAGUGUCACCGGGAGUGUCACCGGGAGUGUCACCGGGAGUGUCACCGGGAGUGUCACCGGGAGUGUCACCGGGAGUGUCACCGGGAGUGUCACCGGGAGUGUCACCGGGAGUGUCACCGGGAGUGUCACCGGGAGUGUCACCGGGAGUGUCACCGGGAGUGUCACCGGGAGUGUCACCGGGAGUGUCACCGGGAGUGUCACCGGGAGUGUCACCGGGAGUGUCACCGGGAGUGUCACCGGGAGUGUCACCGGGAGUGUCACCGGGAGUGUCACCGGGAGUGUCACCGGGAGUGUCACCGGGAGUGUCACCGGGAGUGUCACCGGGAGUGUCACCGGGAGUGUCACCGGGAGUGUCACCGGGAGUGUCACCGGGAGUGUCACCGGGAGUGUCACCGGGAGUGUCACCGGGAGUGUCACCGGGAGUGUCACCGGGAGUGUCACCGGGGGAGUUGUCACCGGGAGUGUCACCGGGAGUGUCACCGGGAGUGUCACCGGGAGUGUCACCGGGAGUGUCACCGGGAGUGUCACCGGGAGUGUCACCGGGAGUGUCACCGGGAGUGUCACCGGGAGUGUCACCGGGAGUGUCACCGGGAGUGUCACCGGGAGUGUCACCGGGAGUGUCACCGGGAGUGUCACCGGGAGUGUCACCGGGAGUGUCACCGGGAGUGUCACCGGGAGUGUCACCGGGAGUGUCACCGGGAGUGUCACCGGGAGUGUCACCGGGAGUGUCACCGGGAGUGUCACCGGGAGUGUCACCGGGAGUGUCACCGGGAGUGUCACCGGGAGUGUCACCGGGAGUGUCACCGGGAGUGUCACCGGGAGUGUCACCGGGAGUGUCACCGGGAGUGUCACCGGGAGUGUCACCGGGAGUGUCACCGGGAGUGUCACCGGGAGUGUCACCGGGAGUGUCACCGGGAGUGUCACCGGGAGUGUCACCGGGAGUGUCACCGGGAGUGUCACCGGGAGUGUCACCGGGAGUGUCACCGGGAGUGUCACCGGGAGUGUCACCGGGAGUGUCACCGGGAGUGUCACCGGGAGUGUCACCGGGAGUGUCACCGGGAGUGUCACCGGGAGUGUCACCGGGAGUGUCACCGGGAGUGUCACCGGGAGUGUCACCGGGAGUGUCACCGGGAGUGUCACCGGGAGUGUCACCGGGAGUGUCACCGGGAGUGUCACCGGGAGUGUCACCGGGAGUGUCACCGGGAGUGUCACCGGGAGUGUCACCGGGAGUGUCACCGGGAGUGUCACCGGGAGUGUCACCGGGAGUGUCACCGGGAGUGUCACCGGGAGUGUCACCGGGAGUGUCACCGGGAGUGUCACCGGGAGUGUCACCGGGAGUGUCACCGGGAGUGUCACCGGGAGUGUCACCGGGAGUGUCACCGGGAGUGUCACCGGGAGUGUCACCGGGAGUGUCACCGGGAGUGUCACCGGGAGUGUCACCGGGAGUGUCACCGGGAGUGUCACCGGGAGUGUCACCGGGAGUGUCACCGGGAGUGUCACCGGGAGUGUCACCGGGAGUGUCACGGGAGUUGUCACCGGGAGUGUCACCGGGAGUGUCACCGGGAGUGUCACCGGGAGUGUCACCGGGAGUGUCACCGGGAGUGUCACCGGGAGUGUCACCGGGAGUGUCACCGGGAGUGUCACCGGGAGUGUCACCGGGAGUGUCACCGGGAGUGUCACCGGGAGUGUCACCGGGAGUGUCACCGGGAGUGUCACCGGGAGUGUCACCGGGAGUGUCACCGGGAGUGUCACCGGGAGUGUCACCGGGAGUGUCACCGGGAGUGUCACCGGGAGUGUCACCGGGAGUGUCACCGGGAGUGUCACCGGGAGUGUCACCGGGAGUGUCACCGGGAGUGUCACCGGGAGUGUCACCGGGAGUGUCACCGGGAGUGUCACCGGGAGUGUCACCGGGAGUGUCACCGGGAGUGUCACCGGGAGUGUCACCGGGAGUGUCACCGGGAGUGUCACCGGGAGUGUCACCGGGAGUGUCACCGGGAGUGUCACCGGGAGUGUCACCGGGAGUGUCACCGGGAGUGUCACCGGGAGUGUCACCGGGAGUGUCACCGGGAGUGUCACCGGGAGUGUCACCGGGAGUGUCACCGGGAGUGUCACCGGGAGUGUCACCGGGAGUGUCACCGGGAGUGUCACCGGGAGUGUCACCGGGAGUGUCACCGGGAGUGUCACCGGGAGUGUCACCGGGAGUGUCACCGGGAGUGUCACCGGGAGUGUCACCGGGAGUGUCACCGGGAGUGUCACCGGGAGUGUCACCGGGAGUGUCACCGGGAGUGUCACCGGGAGUGUCACCGGGAGUGUCACCGGGAGUGUCACCGGGAGUGUCACCGGGAGUGUCACCGGGAGUGUCACCGGGAGUGUCACCGGGAGUGUCACCGGGAGUGUCACCGGGAGUGUCACCGGGAGUGUCACCGGGAGUGUCACCGGGAGUGUCACCGGGAGUGUCACCGGGAGUGUCACCGGGAGUGUCACCGGGAGUGUCACCGGGAGUGUCACCGGGAGUGUCACCGGGAGUGUCACCGGGAGUGUCACCGGGAGUGUCACCGGGAGUGUCACCGGAGAUGUCACCGGGAGUGUCACCGGGAGUGUCACCGGGAGUGUCACCGGGAGUGUCACCGGGAGUGUCACCGGGAGUGUCACCGGGAGUGUCACCGGGAGUGUCACCGGGAGUGUCACCGGGAGUGUCACCGGGAGUGUCACCGGGAGUGUCACCGGGAGUGUCACCGGGAGUGUCACCGGGAGUGUCACCGGGAGUGUCACCGGGAGUGUCACCGGGAGUGUCACCGGGAGUGUCACCGGGAGUGUCACCGGGAGUGUCACCGGGAGUGUCACCGGGAGUGUCACCGGGAGUGUCACCGGGAGUGUCACCGGGAGUGUCACCGGGAGUGUCACCGGGAGUGUCACCGGGAGUGUCACCGGGAGUGUCACCGGGAGUGUCACCGGGAGUGUCACCGGGAGUGUCACCGGGAGUGUCACCGGGAGUGUCACCGGGAGUGUCACCGGGAGUGUCACCGGGAGUGUCACCGGGAGUGUCACCGGGAGUGUCACCGGGAGUGUCACCGGGAGUGUCACCGGGAGUGUCACCGGGAGUGUCACCGGGAGUGUCACCGGGAGUGUCACCGGGAGUGUCACCGGGAGUGUCACCGGGAGUGUCACCGGGAGUGUCACCGGGAGUGUCACCGGGAGUGUCACCGGGAGUGUCACCGGGAGUGUCACCGGGAGUGUCACCGGGAGUGUCACCGGGAGUGUCACCGGGAGUGUCACCGGGAGUGUCACCGGGAGUGUCACCGGGAGUGUCACCGGGAGUGUCACCGGGAGUGUCACCGGGAGUGUCACCGGGAGUGUCACCGGGAGUGUCACCGGGAGUGUCACCGGGAGUGUCACCGGGAGUGUCACCGGGAGUGUCACCGGGAGUGUCACCGGGAGUGUCACCGGGAGUGUCACCGGGAGUGUCACCGGGAGUGUCACCGGGAGUGUCACCGGGAGUGUCACCGGGAGUGUCACCGGGAGUGUCACCGGGAGUGUCACCGGGAGUGUCACCGGGAGUGUCACCGGGAGUGUCACCGGGAGUGUCACCGGGAGUGUCACCGGGAGUGUCACCGGGAGUGUCACCGGGAGUGUCACCGGGAGUGUCACCGGGAGUGUCACCGGGAGUGUCACCGGGAGUGUCACCGGGAGUGUCACCGGGAGUGUCACCGGGAGUGUCACCGGGAGUGUCACCGGGAGUGUCACCGGGAGUGUCACCGGGAGUGUCACCGGGAGUGUCACCGGGAGUGUCACCGGGAGUGUCACCGGGAGUGUCACCGGGAGUGUCACCGGGAGUGUCACCGGGAGUGUCACCGGGAGUGUCACCGGGAGUGUCACCGGGAGUGUCACCGGGAGUGUCACCGGGAGUGUCACCGGGAGUGUCACCGGGAGUGUCACCGGGAGUGUCACCGGGAGUGUCACCGGGAGUGUCACCGGGAGUGUCACCGGGAGUGUCACCGGGAGUGUCACCGGGAGUGUCACCGGGAGUGUCACCGGGAGUGUCACCGGGAGUGUCACCGGGAGUGUCACCGGGAGUGUCACCGGGAGUGUCACCGGGAGUGUCACCGGGAGUGUCACCGGGAGUGUCACCGGGAGUGUCACCGGGAGUGUCACCGGGAGUGUCACCGGGAGUGUCACCGGGAGUGUCACCGGGAGUGUCACCGGGAGUGUCACCGGGAGUGUCACCGGGAGUGUCACCGGGAGUGUCACCGGGAGUGUCACCGGGAGUGUCACCGGGAGUGUCACCGGGAGUGUCACCGGGAGUGUCACCGGGAGUGUCACCGGGAGUGUCACCGGGAGUGUCACCGGGAGUGUCACCGGGAGUGUCACCGGGAGUGUCACCGGGAGUGUCACCGGGAGUGUCACCGGGAGUGUCACCGGGAGUGUCACCGGGAGUGUCACCGGGAGUGUCACCGGGAGUGUCACCGGGAGUGUCACCGGGAGUGUCACCGGGAGUGUCACCGGGAGUGUCACCGGGAGUGUCACCGGGAGUGUCACCGGGAGUGUCACCGGGAGUGUCACCGGGAGUGUCACCGGGAGUGUCACCGGGAGUGUCACCGGGAGUGUCACCGGGAGUGUCACCGGGAGUGUCACCGGGAGUGUCACCGGGAGUGUCACCGGGAGUGUCACCGGGAGUGUCACCGGGAGUGUCACCGGGAGUGUCACCGGGAGUGUCACCGGGAGUGUCACCGGGAGUGUCACCGGGAGUGUCACCGGGAGUGUCACCGGGAGUGUCACCGGGAGUGUCACCGGGAGUGUCACCGGGAGUGUCACCGGGAGUGUCACCGGGAGUGUCACCGGGAGUGUCACCGGGAGUGUCACCGGGAGUGUCACCGGGAGUGUCACCGGGAGUGUCACCGGGAGUGUCACCGGGAGUGUCACCGGGAGUGUCACCGGGAGUGUCACCGGGAGUGUCACCGGGAGUGUCACCGGGAGUGUCACCGGGAGUGUCACCGGGAGUGUCACCGGGAGUGUCACCGGGAGUGUCACCGGGAGUGUCACCGGGAGUGUCACCGGGAGUGUCACCGGGAGUGUCACCGGGAGUGUCACCGGGAGUGUCACCGGGAGUGUCACCGGGAGUGUCACCGGGAGUGUCACCGGGAGUGUCACCGGGAGUGUCACCGGGAGUGUCACCGGGAGUGUCACCGGGAGUGUCACCGGGAGUGUCACCGGGAGUGUCACCGGGAGUGUCACCGGGAGUGUCACCGGGAGUGUCACCGGGAGUGUCACCGGGAGUGUCACCGGGAGUGUCACCGGGAGUGUCACCGGGAGUGUCACCGGGAGUGUCACCGGGAGUGUCACCGGGAGUGUCACCGGGAGUGUCACCGGGAGUGUCACCGGGAGUGUCACCGGGAGUGUCACCGGGAGUGUCACCGGGAGUGUCACCGGGAGUGUCACCGGGAGUGUCACCGGGAGUGUCACCGGGAGUGUCACCGGGAGUGUCACCGGGAGUGUCACCGGGAGUGUCACCGGGAGUGUCACCGGGAGUGUCACCGGGAGUGUCACCGGGAGUGUCACCGGGAGUGUCACCGGGAGUGUCACCGGGAGUGUCACCGGGAGUGUCACCGGGAGUGUCACCGGGAGUGUCACCGGGAGUGUCACCGGGAGUGUCACCGGGAGUGUCACCGGGAGUGUCACCGGGAGUGUCACCGGGAGUGUCACCGGGAGUGUCACCGGGAGUGUCACCGGGAGUGUCACCGGGAGUGUCACCGGGAGUGUCACCGGGAGUGUCACCGGGAGUGUCACCGGGAGUGUCACCGGGAGUGUCACCGGGAGUGUCACCGGGAGUGUCACCGGGAGUGUCACCGGGAGUGUCACCGGGAGUGUCACCGGGAGUGUCACCGGGAGUGUCACCGGGAGUGUCACCGGGAGUGUCACCGGGAGUGUCACCGGGAGUGUCACCGGGAGUGUCACCGGGAGUGUCACCGGGAGUGUCACCGGGAGUGUCACCGGGAGUGUCACCGGGAGUGUCACCGGGAGUGUCACCGGGAGUGUCACCGGGAGUGUCACCGGGAGUGUCACCGGGAGUGUCACCGGGAGUGUCACCGGGAGUGUCACCGGGAGUGUCACCGGGAGUGUCACCGGGAGUGUCACCGGGAGUGUCACCGGGAGUGUCACCGGGAGUGUCACCGGGAGUGUCACCGGGAGUGUCACCGGGAGUGUCACCGGGAGUGUCACCGGGAGUGUCACCGGGAGUGUCACCGGGAGUGUCACCGGGAGUGUCACCGGGAGUGUCACCGGGAGUGUCACCGGGAGUGUCACCGGGAGUGUCACCGGGAGUGUCACCGGGAGUGUCACCGGGAGUGUCACCGGGAGUGUCACCGGGAGUGUCACCGGGAGUGUCACCGGGAGUGUCACCGGGAGUGUCACCGGGAGUGUCACCGGGAGUGUCACCGGGAGUGUCACCGGGAGUGUCACCGGGAGUGUCACCGGGAGUGUCACCGGGAGUGUCACCGGGAGUGUCACCGGGAGUGUCACCGGGAGUGUCACCGGGAGUGUCACCGGGAGUGUCACCGGGAGUGUCACCGGGAGUGUCACCGGGAGUGUCACCGGGAGUGUCACCGGGAGUGUCACCGGGAGUGUCACCGGGAGUGUCACCGGGAGUGUCACCGGGAGUGUCACCGGGAGUGUCACCGGGAGUGUCACCGGGAGUGUCACCGGGAGUGUCACCGGGAGUGUCACCGGGAGUGUCACCGGGAGUGUCACCGGGAGUGUCACCGGGAGUGUCACCGGGAGUGUCACCGGGAGUGUCACCGGGAGUGUCACCGGGAGUGUCACCGGGAGUGUCACCGGGAGUGUCACCGGGAGUGUCACCGGGAGUGUCACCGGGAGUGUCACCGGGAGUGUCACCGGGAGUGUCACCGGGAGUGUCACCGGGAGUGUCACCGGGAGUGUCACCGGGAGUGUCACCGGGAGUGUCACCGGGAGUGUCACCGGGAGUGUCACCGGGAGUGUCACCGGGAGUGUCACCGGGAGUGUCACCGGGAGUGUCACCGGGAGUGUCACCGGGAGUGUCACCGGGAGUGUCACCGGGAGUGUCACCGGGAGUGUCACCGGGAGUGUCACCGGGAGUGUCACCGGGAGUGUCACCGGGAGUGUCACCGGGAGUGUCACCGGGAGUGUCACCGGGAGUGUCACCGGGAGUGUCACCGGGAGUGUCACCGGGAGUGUCACCGGGAGUGUCACCGGGAGUGUCACCGGGAGUGUCACCGGGAGUGUCACCGGGAGUGUCACCGGGAGUGUCACCGGGAGUGUCACCGGGAGUGUCACCGGGAGUGUCACCGGGAGUGUCACCGGGAGUGUCACCGGGAGUGUCACCGGGAGUGUCACCGGGAGUGUCACCGGGAGUGUCACCGGGAGUGUCACCGGGAGUGUCACCGGGAGUGUCACCGGGAGUGUCACCGGGAGUGUCACCGGGAGUGUCACCGGGAGUGUCACCGGGAGUGUCACCGGGAGUGUCACCGGGAGUGUCACCGGGAGUGUCACCGGGAGUGUCACCGGGAGUGUCACCGGGAGUGUCACCGGGAGUGUCACCGGGAGUGUCACCGGGAGUGUCACCGGGAGUGUCACCGGGAGUGUCACCGGGAGUGUCACCGGGAGUGUCACCGGGAGUGUCACCGGGAGUGUCACCGGGAGUGUCACCGGGAGUGUCACCGGGAGUGUCACCGGGAGUGUCACCGGGAGUGUCACCGGGAGUGUCACCGGGAGUGUCACCGGGAGUGUCACCGGGAGUGUCACCGGGAGUGUCACCGGGAGUGUCACCGGGAGUGUCACCGGGAGUGUCACCGGGAGUGUCACCGGGAGUGUCACCGGGAGUGUCACCGGGAGUGUCACCGGGAGUGUCACCGGGAGUGUCACCGGGAGUGUCACCGGGAGUGUCACCGGGAGUGUCACCGGGAGUGUCACCGGGAGUGUCACCGGGAGUGUCACCGGGAGUGUCACCGGGAGUGUCACCGGGAGUGUCACCGGGAGUGUCACCGGGAGUGUCACCGGGAGUGUCACCGGGAGUGUCACCGGGAGUGUCACCGGGAGUGUCACCGGGAGUGUCACCGGGAGUGUCACCGGGAGUGUCACCGGGAGUGUCACCGGGAGUGUCACCGGGAGUGUCACCGGGAGUGUCACCGGGAGUGUCACCGGGAGUGUCACCGGGAGUGUCACCGGGAGUGUCACCGGGAGUGUCACCGGGAGUGUCACCGGGAGUGUCACCGGGAGUGUCACCGGGAGUGUCACCGGGAGUGUCACCGGGAGUGUCACCGGGAGUGUCACCGGGAGUGUCACCGGGAGUGUCACCGGGAGUGUCACCGGGAGUGUCACCGGGAGUGUCACCGGGAGUGUCACCGGGAGUGUCACCGGGAGUGUCACCGGGAGUGUCACCGGGAGUGUCACCGGGAGUGUCACCGGGAGUGUCACCGGGAGUGUCACCGGGAGUGUCACCGGGAGUGUCACCGGGAGUGUCACCGGGAGUGUCACCGGGAGUGUCACCGGGAGUGUCACCGGGAGUGUCACCGGGAGUGUCACCGGGAGUGUCACCGGGAGUGUCACCGGGAGUGUCACCGGGAGUGUCACCGGGAGUGUCACCGGGAGUGUCACCGGGAGUGUCACCGGGAGUGUCACCGGGAGUGUCACCGGGAGUGUCACCGGGAGUGUCACCGGGAGUGUCACCGGGAGUGUCACCGGGAGUGUCACCGGGAGUGUCACCGGGAGUGUCACCGGGAGUGUCACCGGGAGUGUCACCGGGAGUGUCACCGGGAGUGUCACCGGGAGUGUCACCGGGAGUGUCACCGGGAGUGUCACCGGGAGUGUCACCGGGAGUGUCACCGGGAGUGUCACCGGGAGUGUCACCGGGAGUGUCACCGGGAGUGUCACCGGGAGUGUCACCGGGAGUGUCACCGGGAGUGUCACCGGGAGUGUCACCGGGAGUGUCACCGGGAGUGUCACCGGGAGUGUCACCGGGAGUGUCACCGGGAGUGUCACCGGGAGUGUCACCGGGAGUGUCACCGGGAGUGUCACCGGGAGUGUCACCGGGAGUGUCACCGGGAGUGUCACCGGGAGUGUCACCGGGAGUGUCACCGGGAGUGUCACCGGGAGUGUCACCGGGAGUGUCACCGGGAGUGUCACCGGGAGUGUCACCGGGAGUGUCACCGGGAGUGUCACCGGGAGUGUCACCGGGAGUGUCACCGGGAGUGUCACCGGGAGUGUCACCGGGAGUGUCACCGGGAGUGUCACCGGGAGUGUCACCGGGAGUGUCACCGGGAGUGUCACCGGGAGUGUCACCGGGAGUGUCACCGGGAGUGUCACCGGGAGUGUCACCGGGAGUGUCACCGGGAGUGUCACCGGGAGUGUCACCGGGAGUGUCACCGGGAGUGUCACCGGGAGUGUCACCGGGAGUGUCACCGGGAGUGUCACCGGGAGUGUCACCGGGAGUGUCACCGGGAGUGUCACCGGGAGUGUCACCGGGAGUGUCACCGGGAGUGUCACCGGGAGUGUCACCGGGAGUGUCACCGGGAGUGUCACCGGGAGUGUCACCGGGAGUGUCACCGGGAGUGUCACCGGGAGUGUCACCGGGAGUGUCACCGGGAGUGUCACCGGGAGUGUCACCGGGAGUGUCACCGGGAGUGUCACCGGGAGUGUCACCGGGAGUGUCACCGGGAGUGUCACCGGGAGUGUCACCGGGAGUGUCACCGGGAGUGUCACCGGGAGUGUCACCGGGAGUGUCACCGGGAGUGUCACCGGGAGUGUCACCGGGAGUGUCACCGGGAGUGUCACCGGGAGUGUCACCGGGAGUGUCACCGGGAGUGUCACCGGGAGUGUCACCGGGAGUGUCACCGGGAGUGUCACCGGGAGUGUCACCGGGAGUGUCACCGGGAGUGUCACCGGGAGUGUCACCGGGAGUGUCACCGGGAGUGUCACCGGGAGUGUCACCGGGAGUGUCACCGGGAGUGUCACCGGGAGUGUCACCGGGAGUGUCACCGGGAGUGUCACCGGGAGUGUCACCGGGAGUGUCACCGGGAGUGUCACCGGGAGUGUCACCGGGAGUGUCACCGGGAGUGUCACCGGGAGUGUCACCGGGAGUGUCACCGGGAGUGUCACCGGGAGUGUCACCGGGAGUGUCACCGGGAGUGUCACCGGGAGUGUCACCGGGAGUGUCACCGGGAGUGUCACCGGGAGUGUCACCGGGAGUGUCACCGGGAGUGUCACCGGGAGUGUCACCGGGAGUGUCACCGGGAGUGUCACCGGGAGUGUCACCGGGAGUGUCACCGGGAGUGUCACCGGGAGUGUCACCGGGAGUGUCACCGGGAGUGUCACCGGGAGUGUCACCGGGAGUGUCACCGGGAGUGUCACCGGGAGUGUCACCGGGAGUGUCACCGGGAGUGUCACCGGGAGUGUCACCGGGAGUGUCACCGGGAGUGUCACCGGGAGUGUCACCGGGAGUGUCACCGGGAGUGUCACCGGGAGUGUCACCGGGAGUGUCACCGGGAGUGUCACCGGGAGUGUCACCGGGAGUGUCACCGGGAGUGUCACCGGGAGUGUCACCGGGAGUGUCACCGGGAGUGUCACCGGGAGUGUCACCGGGAGUGUCACCGGGAGUGUCACCGGGAGUGUCACCGGGAGUGUCACCGGGAGUGUCACCGGGAGUGUCACCGGGAGUGUCACCGGGAGUGUCACCGGGAGUGUCACCGGGAGUGUCACCGGGAGUGUCACCGGGAGUGUCACCGGGAGUGUCACCGGGAGUGUCACCGGGAGUGUCACCGGGAGUGUCACCGGGAGUGUCACCGGGAGUGUCACCGGGAGUGUCACCGGGAGUGUCACCGGGAGUGUCACCGGGAGUGUCACCGGGAGUGUCACCGGGAGUGUCACCGGGAGUGUCACCGGGAGUGUCACCGGGAGUGUCACCGGGAGUGUCACCGGGAGUGUCACCGGGAGUGUCACCGGGAGUGUCACCGGGAGUGUCACCGGGAGUGUCACCGGGAGUGUCACCGGGAGUGUCACCGGGAGUGUCACCGGGAGUGUCACCGGGAGUGUCACCGGGAGUGUCACCGGGAGUGUCACCGGGAGUGUCACCGGGAGUGUCACCGGGAGUGUCACCGGGAGUGUCACCGGGAGUGUCACCGGGAGUGUCACCGGGAGUGUCACCGGGAGUGUCACCGGGAGUGUCACCGGGAGUGUCACCGGGAGUGUCACCGGGAGUGUCACCGGGAGUGUCACCGGGAGUGUCACCGGGAGUGUCACCGGGAGUGUCACCGGGAGUGUCACCGGGAGUGUCACCGGGAGUGUCACCGGGAGUGUCACCGGGAGUGUCACCGGGAGUGUCACCGGGAGUGUCACCGGGAGUGUCACCGGGAGUGUCACCGGGAGUGUCACCGGGAGUGUCACCGGGAGUGUCACCGGGAGUGUCACCGGGAGUGUCACCGGGAGUGUCACCGGGAGUGUCACCGGGAGUGUCACCGGGAGUGUCACCGGGAGUGUCACCGGGAGUGUCACCGGGAGUGUCACCGGGAGUGUCACCGGGAGUGUCACCGGGAGUGUCACCGGGAGUGUCACCGGGAGUGUCACCGGGAGUGUCACCGGGAGUGUCACCGGGAGUGUCACCGGGAGUGUCACCGGGAGUGUCACCGGGAGUGUCACCGGGAGUGUCACCGGGAGUGUCACCGGGAGUGUCACCGGGAGUGUCACCGGGAGUGUCACCGGGAGUGUCACCGGGAGUGUCACCGGGAGUGUCACCGGGAGUGUCACCGGGAGUGUCACCGGGAGUGUCACCGGGAGUGUCACCGGGAGUGUCACCGGGAGUGUCACCGGGAGUGUCACCGGGAGUGUCACCGGGAGUGUCACCGGGAGUGUCACCGGGAGUGUCACCGGGAGUGUCACCGGGAGUGUCACCGGGAGUGUCACCGGGAGUGUCACCGGGAGUGUCACCGGGAGUGUCACCGGGAGUGUCACCGGGAGUGUCACCGGGAGUGUCACCGGGAGUGUCACCGGGAGUGUCACCGGGAGUGUCACCGGGAGUGUCACCGGGAGUGUCACCGGGAGUGUCACCGGGAGUGUCACCGGGAGUGUCACCGGGAGUGUCACCGGGAGUGUCACCGGGAGUGUCACCGGGAGUGUCACCGGGAGUGUCACCGGGAGUGUCACCGGGAGUGUCACCGGGAGUGUCACCGGGAGUGUCACCGGGAGUGUCACCGGGAGUGUCACCGGGAGUGUCACCGGGAGUGUCACCGGGAGUGUCACCGGGAGUGUCACCGGGAGUGUCACCGGGAGUGUCACCGGGAGUGUCACCGGGAGUGUCACCGGGAGUGUCACCGGGAGUGUCACCGGGAGUGUCACCGGGAGUGUCACCGGGAGUGUCACCGGGAGUGUCACCGGGAGUGUCACCGGGAGUGUCACCGGGAGUGUCACCGGGAGUGUCACCGGGAGUGUCACCGGGAGUGUCACCGGGAGUGUCACCGGGAGUGUCACCGGGAGUGUCACCGGGAGUGUCACCGGGAGUGUCACCGGGAGUGUCACCGGGAGUGUCACCGGGAGUGUCACCGGGAGUGUCACCGGGAGUGUCACCGGGAGUGUCACCGGGAGUGUCACCGGGAGUGUCACCGGGAGUGUCACCGGGAGUGUCACCGGGAGUGUCACCGGGAGUGUCACCGGGAGUGUCACCGGGAGUGUCACCGGGAGUGUCACCGGGAGUGUCACCGGGAGUGUCACCGGGAGUGUCACCGGGAGUGUCACCGGGAGUGUCACCGGGAGUGUCACCGGGAGUGUCACCGGGAGUGUCACCGGGAGUGUCACCGGGAGUGUCACCGGAGUGUCACCGGGAGUGUCACCGGAGUGUCACCGGGAGUGUCACCGGGAGUGUCACCGGGAGUGUCACCGGGAGUGUCACCGGGAGUGUCACCGGGAGUGUCACCGGGAGUGUCACCGGGAGUGUCUCACCGGGAGUGUCACCGGGAGUGUCACCGGGAGUGUCACCGGGAGUGUCACCGGGAGUGUCACCGGGAGUGUCACCGGGAGUGUCACCGGGAGUGUCACCGGGAGUGUCACCGGGAGUGUCACCGGGAGUGUCACCGGGAGUGUCACCGGGAGUGUCACCGGGAGUGUCACCGGGAGUGUCACCGGGAGUGUCACCGGGAGUGUCACCGGGAGUGUCACCGGGAGUGUCACCGGGAGUGUCACCGGGAGUGUCACCGGGAGUGUCACCGGGAGUGUCACCGGGAGUGUCACCGGGAGUGUCACCGGGAGUGUCACCGGGAGUGUCACCGGGAGUGUCACCGGGAGUGUCACCGGGAGUGUCACCGGGAGUGUCACCGGGAGUGUCACCGGGAGUGUCACCGGGAGUGUCACCGGGAGUGUCACCGGGAGUGUCACCGGGAGUGUCACCGGGAGUGUCACCGGGAGUGUCACCGGGAGUGUCACCGGGAGUGUCACCGGGAGUGUCACCGGGAGUGUCACCGGGAGUGUCACCGGGAGUGUCACCGGGAGUGUCACCGGGAGUGUCACCGGGAGUGUCACCGGGAGUGUCACCGGGAGUGUCACCGGGAGUGUCACCGGGAGUGUCACCGGGAGUGUCACCGGGAGUGUCACCGGGAGUGUCACCGGGAGUGUCACCGGGAGUGUCACCGGGAGUGUCACCGGGAGUGUCACCGGGAGUGUCACCGGGAGUGUCACCGGGAGUGUCACCGGGAGUGUCACCGGGAGUGUCACCGGGAGUGUCACCGGGAGUGUCACCGGGAGUGUCACCGGGAGUGUCACCGGGAGUGUCACCGGGAGUGUCACCGGGAGUGUCACCGGGAGUGUCACCGGGAGUGUCACCGGGAGUGUCACCGGGAGUGUCACCGGGAGUGUCACCGGGAGUGUCACCGGGAGUGUCACCGGGAGUGUCACCGGGAGUGUCACCGGGAGUGUCACCGGGAGUGUCACCGGGAGUGUCACCGGGAGUGUCACCGGGAGUGUCACCGGGAGUGUCACCGGGAGUGUCACCGGGAGUGUCACCGGGAGUGUCACCGGGAGUGUCACCGGGAGUGUCACCGGGAGUGUCACCGGGAGUGUCACCGGGAGUGUCACCGGGAGUGUCACCGGGAGUGUCACCGGGAGUGUCACCGGGAGUGUCACCGGGAGUGUCACCGGGAGUGUCACCGGGAGUGUCACCGGGAGUGUCACCGGGAGUGUCACCGGGAGUGUCACCGGGAGUGUCACCGGGAGUGUCACCGGGAGUGUCACCGGGAGUGUCACCGGGAGUGUCACCGGGAGUGUCACCGGGAGUGUCACCGGGAGUGUCACCGGGAGUGUCACCGGGAGUGUCACCGGGAGUGUCACCGGGAGUGUCACCGGGAGUGUCACCGGGAGUGUCACCGGGAGUGUCACCGGGAGUGUCACCGGGAGUGUCACCGGGAGUGUCACCGGGAGUGUCACCGGGAGUGUCACCGGGAGUGUCACCGGGAGUGUCACCGGGAGUGUCACCGGGAGUGUCACCGGGAGUGUCACCGGGAGUGUCACCGGGAGUGUCACCGGGAGUGUCACCGGGAGUGUCACCGGGAGUGUCACCGGGAGUGUCACCGGGAGUGUCACCGGGAGUGUCACCGGGAGUGUCACCGGGAGUGUCACCGGGAGUGUCACCGGGAGUGUCACCGGGAGUGUCACCGGGAGUGUCACCGGGAGUGUCACCGGGAGUGUCACCGGGAGUGUCACCGGGAGUGUCACCGGGAGUGUCACCGGGAGUGUCACCGGGAGUGUCACCGGGAGUGUCACCGGGAGUGUCACCGGGAGUGUCACCGGGAGUGUCACCGGGAGUGUCACCGGGAGUGUCACCGGGAGUGUCACCGGGAGUGUCACCGGGAGUGUCACCGGGAGUGUCACCGGGAGUGUCACCGGGAGUGUCACCGGGAGUGUCACCGGGAGUGUCACCGGGAGUGUCACCGGGAGUGUCACCGGGAGUGUCACCGGGAGUGUCACCGGGAGUGUCACCGGGAGUGUCACCGGGAGUGUCACCGGGAGUGUCACCGGGAGUGUCACCGGGAGUGUCACCGGGAGUGUCACCGGGAGUGUCACCGGGAGUGUCACCGGGAGUGUCACCGGGAGUGUCACCGGGAGUGUCACCGGGAGUGUCACCGGGAGUGUCACCGGGAGUGUCACCGGGAGUGUCACCGGGAGUGUCACCGGGAGUGUCACCGGGAGUGUCACCGGGAGUGUCACCGGGAGUGUCACCGGGAGUGUCACCGGGAGUGUCACCGGGAGUGUCACCGGGAGUGUCACCGGGAGUGUCACCGGGAGUGUCACCGGGAGUGUCACCGGGAGUGUCACCGGGAGUGUCACCGGGAGUGUCACCGGGAGUGUCACCGGGAGUGUCACCGGGAGUGUCACCGGGAGUGUCACCGGGAGUGUCACCGGGAGUGUCACCGGGAGUGUCACCGGGAGUGUCACCGGGAGUGUCACCGGGAGUGUCACCGGGAGUGUCACCGGGAGUGUCACCGGGAGUGUCACCGGGAGUGUCACCGGGAGUGUCACCGGGAGUGUCACCGGGAGUGUCACCGGGAGUGUCACCGGGAGUGUCACCGGGAGUGUCACCGGGAGUGUCACCGGGAGUGUCACCGGGAGUGUCACCGGGAGUGUCACCGGGAGUGUCACCGGGAGUGUCACCGGGAGUGUCACCGGGAGUGUCACCGGGAGUGUCACCGGGAGUGUCACCGGGAGUGUCACCGGGAGUGUCACCGGGAGUGUCACCGGGAGUGUCACCGGGAGUGUCACCGGGAGUGUCACCGGGAGUGUCACCGGGAGUGUCACCGGGAGUGUCACCGGGAGUGUCACCGGGAGUGUCACCGGGAGUGUCACCGGGAGUGUCACCGGGAGUGUCACCGGGAGUGUCACCGGGAGUGUCACCGGGAGUGUCACCGGGAGUGUCACCGGGAGUGUCACCGGGAGUGUCACCGGGAGUGUCACCGGGAGUGUCACCGGGAGUGUCACCGGGAGUGUCACCGGGAGUGUCACCGGGAGUGUCACCGGGAGUGUCACCGGGAGUGUCACCGGGAGUGUCACCGGGAGUGUCACCGGGAGUGUCACCGGGAGUGUCACCGGGAGUGUCACCGGGAGUGUCACCGGGAGUGUCACCGGGAGUGUCACCGGGAGUGUCACCGGGAGUGUCACCGGGAGUGUCACCGGGAGUGUCACCGGGAGUGUCACCGGGAGUGUCACCGGGAGUGUCACCGGGAGUGUCACCGGGAGUGUCACCGGGAGUGUCACCGGGAGUGUCACCGGGAGUGUCACCGGGAGUGUCACCGGGAGUGUCACCGGGAGUGUCACCGGGAGUGUCACCGGGAGUGUCACCGGGAGUGUCACCGGGAGUGUCACCGGGAGUGUCACCGGGAGUGUCACCGGGAGUGUCACCGGGAGUGUCACCGGGAGUGUCACCGGGAGUGUCACCGGGAGUGUCACCGGGAGUGUCACCGGGAGUGUCACCGGGAGUGUCACCGGGAGUGUCACCGGGAGUGUCACCGGGAGUGUCACCGGGAGUGUCACCGGGAGUGUCACCGGGAGUGUCACCGGGAGUGUCACCGGGAGUGUCACCGGGAGUGUCACCGGGAGUGUCACCGGGAGUGUCACCGGGAGUGUCACCGGGAGUGUCACCGGGAGUGUCACCGGGAGUGUCACCGGGAGUGUCACCGGGAGUGUCACCGGGAGUGUCACCGGGAGUGUCACCGGGAGUGUCACCGGGAGUGUCACCGGGAGUGUCACCGGGAGUGUCACCGGGAGUGUCACCGGGAGUGUCACCGGGAGUGUCACCGGGAGUGUCACCGGGAGUGUCACCGGGAGUGUCACCGGGAGUGUCACCGGGAGUGUCACCGGGAGUGUCACCGGGAGUGUCACCGGGAGUGUCACCGGGAGUGUCACCGGGAGUGUCACCGGGAGUGUCACCGGGAGUGUCACCGGGAGUGUCACCGGGAGUGUCACCGGGAGUGUCACCGGGAGUGUCACCGGGAGUGUCACCGGGAGUGUCACCGGGAGUGUCACCGGGAGUGUCACCGGGAGUGUCACCGGGAGUGUCACCGGGAGUGUCACCGGGAGUGUCACCGGGAGU